AUGAAUGACCGUCCAACAAUUUAUGUGAUAGGAGGAACGUGUGGUACAGGGAAGAGCACAAUUGCUGAAAGGGUACAUCAAAGACUUCAUGAAAACAACCCUAAAAUUGAAUUCAUCGAAGGUGACUUGCUACAUCCAGCGGAAAACAUCAGGAAGAUGAGUCAUGGAAUUCCAUUACACGAUGAUGAUCGUUGGGGAUGGCUAGAGAAGGUUUCUGAUGAUAGUUAUAAGAAAUCUGAAGAAUGCGAUACCUGCAUUGUAACAUGUUCAAGUCUCAAGAAAAGUUACAGAGAUUACAUUAGAAGCAAGCACCCUGAAGGAAGGUUCGUAUUCUUCAUGCUGUAUGGGGCCAAGUCUGAAAUCUUGAAGCGGAUGCUGCAACGGGAAUCACAUUUCAUGAAAGCAGAUAUGGUUGACUCUCAAUUCAACGAUUUGCAACUACCAGCAGAAGAUGAACAGGAUUCAUUCGUUAUUAAUGUCACAAGCCUAUCAGUUGAAGAAGUAGUUGACGAAAUAAUGAAGAAAAUUAACGCAAGUUUGAGUUGA